AAUAAAAAGAAGCCCAGUCCGCUACUAGCAGCCAAGUCGAACGAACCAAACGUGCUCCUUGGAAGUAAAAACCUCACUUCUCGGUUACGUAAGUGUGGGAAUAUGACGACUACCUAUGUUACCGCGGGCCCAUAUCCCGCCCAGCAAACCACCUAUAUUUCCUCGGGUCCUCAGCAAGGCCAGACUACGUACAUCACCACCGGAAGACCGCCACCGCCGCCACCCGUGGUUGUGGUCACAGCUCCCAAUACAGGACGCUGGGCCACCAGUGGACAGGCUUUUUCCGGAACAGCUGCCACUCUACUCUUUAUUUAUGGAGGCAUGGACAUGGCCCAGGGGCUGGGAUGGAGCCUGAAUGAAUCAGUUUUCAACAGUACCCUGGAGUUUCAGUACAGCUGGUUCAUCGGAGUCAUUAUUGGAGCCGUGGUAUCGGCACUGACAGUCUCCUUCCUGCCCAAAAUGAUCUUCUAUGGUCUUGGCGGAGUAAUGAAUCUGAUCGAUGCCAUCAUCUUUGUGAGUGCCCCCUACCAGUACGAGUCCAUACUGGCCGCCAGGUACGUGGGUGGAGUGGGAAUAGGCCUCAUAACAGUGCCCUUCCUCAUCCAUGCCGCCGAGGUGGCUUCGAGUAGCAACCGCGGUUCCUGCUGCGCCAUGGAGCAGUACGGCCUGGCCCUGGGGAUCGCCAUCCAGGUGAUCUACGAUGCGGAGUGGAACACCAGCCUGGACAUGACCAUCAACCGGGUGCACGGCAUCUUCGGAAUCGUCUUCUCCGCCUUCGCUCUCGGUAGCGUGGCCGUCAACUCCGAGUCGCCGAUCUUCUACAUCCGGCAGAACCAGGAGAGUAAGGCACGGGACAGUAUCAAGCGACUGAUGGGGGCCUACUGGACGAGGGAGGCCGGCGAUCAGGCCUACGAGGAGGCCAAGCUGUACGUGGUGGAAGGCAGCAGCCAGGGUUACGGGGAGCAGUUCGGCGAGUCUAUGAUGCCCUUCCUCAAGCUGCUCCUCUUCCGCUGCUUCGUGGCAUUCACGUUCUCGAUGCCGCUCUCCCAGUCCCUGCAGUACAGCACCACCUUCGUGUACUACACCGUGGACGCCUGGCCUCCCAUAAUCUUCGCCAUCCUGCGGCUGAUCGGCGCCCUUAUCACCAUCGGCGUCCUGGACACGGUGGGCCGGAAGUUCUCCGCCUUGCUGGGACUGCUCUGCAUGGCUGGACUGAUGCUGGGCAUGGCCGGAGUCUACGGGGACUACUCCCACGUGUAUGACUACUACUUCAUGUGGCAGGUGUGCCGGCUGGACAUGGCCUUCCAGUUCUUCGCCGGCUUCUUCGUCUGCAGCUCCUCGGCGUACCUGGGCGAGGCCUUCCCGAUGCGGGUGAAGCCCUUCCUGAUCGGUCUGAUCGUGUGCCUGGAACAGGUGAUCCACAUCAUUGUGAUCGUUACGUUCUCCUCCAGCGCUGCCUACUAUUACAGGUACUAUGUGGCCGUGGGCAUUAUCCUGGCGGUGGGUGUGGUGGUCUUUGCGGCCAUAAUGCCGGAGACCCGGGGCAUGACCCUGCGGCAGGCGGGUGCCCGUUUCCGGAGGGUGCACGAUGUCAUGGCGUACUAACAUUUAUUAUUUUAAUAAAG